AGCCCCGCUCCCGCCGCCUGCCCGCCCCGGCUGGGCCGGCCCGCCCCUCGCUCCACGCCCGGCCUCCCGCGCGCCCUGUCAGACUGUGGCGGCCGCUGCAGUUUGGUGAGGCGACAGGCGCGCGCACCCACGUCUCUGCCGGCCGGCCGCCCGUUCCACUACUCCUUCCUCUCCGCUGCACGCUCACCCGCCCACGGCGACAUGGCUCAGGCUCCGGCUGGCUGCCGGAUCUCCAGGGGCUCCGGGGACGGCGAGAUGGGCAAGCUCAGGAAGGUGGCGCUCAUCACGGGCAUCACCGGCCAGGAUGGCUCAUACUUGGCAGAAUUCCUGCUGGAGAAAGGAUACGAGGUCCAUGGAAUUGUACGGCGAUCCAGUUCAUUUAAUACAGGUCGAAUUGAACAUUUAUAUAAGAAUCCACAGGCUCAUAUUGAAGGAAAUAUGAAGUUGCACUAUGGUGACCUCACCGACAGCACCUGCCUGGUGAAAAUCAUCAAUGAAGUCAAACCUACAGAGAUCUACAAUCUUGGUGCCCAGAGCCAUGUCAAGAUUUCCUUUGACCUAGCAGAGUAUACUGCAGAUGUCGAUGGAGUUGGCACCUUGCGGCUUCUGGAUGCAAUUAAAACUUGUGGCCUUAUAAAUUCUGUGAAGUUCUACCAAGCCUCAACUAGUGAACUAUAUGGAAAAGUGCAGGAAAUACCCCAGAAAGAGACCACUCCUUUCUACCCAAGGUCACCCUAUGGAGCAGCCAAACUCUAUGCCUAUUGGAUCGUGGUGAACUUUCGCGAGGCUUAUAAUCUCUUUGCAGUGAAUGGCAUUCUCUUCAAUCAUGAGAGUCCUAGAAGAGGAGCUAAUUUUGUUACUCGAAAAAUUAGCCGGUCAGUAGCUAAGAUUUACCUUGGACAACUGGAAUGUUUCAGUUUGGGAAAUCUGGAUGCCAAACGAGACUGGGGCCAUGCCAAGGACUAUGUAGAGGCUAUGUGGCUGAUGUUACAAAAUGAUGAGCCAGAGGACUUUGUCAUAGCUACUGGGGAAGUUCAUAGUGUCCGUGAAUUUGUUGAGAAGUCAUUCAUGCACAUCGGAAAAACCAUUGUGUGGGAAGGAAAGAAUGAAAAUGAAGUGGGCAGAUGUAAAGAGACCGGCAAAAUUCAUGUGACUGUGGAUCUGAAAUACUACCGACCAACUGAAGUGGACUUCUUGCAGGGAGACUGCUCCAAGGCGCAGCAGAAGUUGAACUGGAAGCCCCGCGUUGCCUUUGACGAGCUGGUGAGAGAGAUGGUACAGGCCGACGUGGAGCUCAUGAGGACCAACCCCAACGCCUGAGCACCUCUGCAAAAAUUCGCGAGGCAUGGACUAUAGUGCAGAGCCAGCCACUCCUGCGACCAUUGACCAUAGACCCUCGACCUCCUGUGUUGUCCCCAAAGCUAAGAGCUGGGCCACAGGUUUGUAGGCACCAGGACAGGACACUCCAGAGCUAAGGCCACUUUGCUUUUGUCGAAGGCUCCUCUGAAUGAUUUUGGGAAAUCAAGAAAUUUAAAUCACAUGCUCAUUUUACUUGAAAUUAUGUCAGUAGACAACUUAAAUUUUGGAGUCUUGAGAUUGUUUUUCUCUUUUCUUAUUAAAUGAUCUUUCUAUGAACCAGCA